ACGCCCCCACCUGCGGGCCCAUCAUGGCGGCGGCGCUGGGAGCGCUGCUGGCGCUGCUCGCCCCCUGUGUCACCCCCCUGCAGGUGACGGUCCCCGACCCCCGCACGGUGGCCCUGCUGUUCCAGCCGGUGCUGAUCCGGUGCCAGUUCCAGGUGACCUCCGGGCCCCCCCCCAUCGUCACCUGGAAGUACAAGUCCUUCUGCCCCUCCUCCACCUCUGGGGACACCUGGGGGGGCCCCGAAAGCGCCGCCGGGGGGGACACGGCGGGGACCUGCCCCGACUCCGCCAGGACCGUCCGGAUCGUGGCCACCAAACAGGGGGACACGGUGACACUCGGGGACUUCUACCGGGGCCGGGCCGUGACCAUCCGGGGAGGUGCCGAGCUCAGCCUGGGCCCUGCCGCGUGGGGUGACAGUGGGUUCUACAUCUGCACCGUCACCUCCACCCAGGACCUGCAGGGCAACAACGAGGCCGUGGCCGAACUGGUCGUACUGGGGUCUCUGCCCGAGGGCACCCGACUCCUGCCCGAGGGGACCCUGCCAGACUGGCUGUUCGUGGCCCUGGUGGCCCUGGGGGGGGUCCUGGUGGCCCUGGGGGUGGGGCUGUGCUGGUGCCAGUGCUGCCCCCACACCUGCUGCUGUUACGUGCGCUGCCCCUGCUGCCCCCAGACCUGCUGCUGCCCCGAGGCCCUGUACCUGGCAGGGAAAGCGGCGACCUCGGGGGGCACCUUCAGCCCUGCCCCCCCUGCGCUGGCCCUGCAGCUCCUCGGGAGCAGCCAGAGUUCUCAGGUGCCGCUGCUGAGGGACAGUGACGGGAGUGUCGUGUCAGGCCCCUCAGUGCCCCCCCCCACUGUCCUGCGCUACCUGGAGGAGAAUUUGGCCACCUGGAACCCCCCUGGGCGACCCCCCCACUGGAGGGCAGGACCCCCCUCAGGACCCGCCCCCAGUGACAUCAGCUCCCUGCACGAGGCCCCCUGGACCCCCCCCCGGCGCUCCUGGACGCCCCCCCGGAGCCCCUCGACCCCGCCCCGACGCCCCCGGACCCCUCCCCGGGGCCCCCCGAGCCCCCCCCGGGGCCGCUGGCGCUCGGCCGAGGUUUUGGGGGGCUCCGAGUGGGAGGAGGAGUCGCUCCCCCCAGCCCGACCCCCACCCCGGUCCCGCUCCCGGGACGAUCUGCUGGGGGGAGCUCGGGACCCCCCCCAGAACCCCCCUGGGCCCCCCCGGCGCCUCCGCAAGAACGAUGCCCUGAGCCGUGAGAGCCUCGUGGUGUGACCGGGAACCCCCCGAGACCCUCAAAGCACACCCCUGGGGGUGUUUUUGGGGCUGUUCGGGGAUUUUUUGAAGUGCCUUUUUUUUUUUAUUAAGCUGGGGUCAAAUAAAGGU